UCAUUCUCUAUGGACGAGACAGACUUUGCAGCCGUCACAUUAAUAGGGACAUAAUUACUUCCACGUAAUGGAGAGAUCAUCUUUGAUCACAUAAUCACACAGCCUGGAUGUUUUGUGUAACGGACACAAGACCUGCCUGUAAAAGGAAAUAUUUAUGGUUUGGGAAGGGUUUACGGGAAUAGCGAGCUAGCCACCUUGCUGGCUACUUUGUAUGACAUUUGGCAAGGAUGCUACUACGGUGGAUACGGCAACAGCUGGGCUUUGACCCUCCCCAUCAAAGUGAUACCAGAACGGUUUACAUCGCAAACCGCUUCCCUCAACAUGGCCAUUAUGUCCCUCAGCGGUUUGCAGACAACAGAAUCAUAUCAUCCAAGUACACCGUUUGGAAUUUUGUUCCCAAGAAUCUGUUUGAACAGUUCAGAAGAAUAGCCAAUUUUUAUUUUCUCAUCAUAUUCCUGGUCCAGCUAAUGAUAGAUACCCCCACUUCCCCUGUCACCAGCGGACUUCCUCUGUUCUUUGUCAUCACAGUAACUGCCAUCAAACAGGGCUAUGAGGACUGGCUGAGGCACAAGGCGGACAACGAGGUGAACGGGGCGCCUGUGUUUGUGGUUCGCAGUGGCAGCCUUGUGCAGACUCGCUCAAAGAACAUACGAGUGGGGGAUAUAGUCCGUGUGGCCAAAGAUGAGACAUUCCCAGUGGACUUGGUCCUCUUAUCAUCGGACCGAGCCGAGGGGACGUGUCACAUCACCACAACCAGCCUGGACGGAGAGACUAAUCUGAAGACUCAUUACUCUGUGCCAGAGACAUUGGUGUCUCAGUCGGUGUCCAGGCUAGAGGCCCUACAUGCUGUGGUGGAGUGUCAGCAGCCAGAUGCAGAUCUUUAUAGGUUUGUUGGGCGAAUAACAGUAACACAACAAGAAGAAGAGAUUGUAAGACCCCUUGGACCUGAAAACCUGCUGCUUCGAGGAGCAAGAUUGAAAAAUACCAAAGAAAUAUUUGGUGUAGCAGUUUACACUGGGAUGGAGUCUAAGAUGGCCCUGAACUACAAGUGCAAAUCCCAGAAGCGCUCUGCAGUGGAGAAGUCCAUGAAUACCUUUCUGCUCAUCUACCUGGGCAUCCUGCUGUUUGAGGCCAUCCUCAGCACCAUCCUGAAGUACGCCUGGCAGGCUGAGAACAAGUGGGACGAGCCCUUCUACAACCAGCAGACAGAGCAGGAGAGGAACAGCAGCCAGAUCCUGAAGUUCAUCUCUGAUUUCCUGGCGUUUCUGGUCCUGUACAACUUUAUCAUCCCCAUCUCGCUCUACGUCACUGUGGAGAUGCAGAAAUUCCUGGGCUCGUUUUUCAUUGGCUGGGACUUGGACCUCUAUCAUGAGGAGAGCGACCAGAUGGCUCAGGUCAACACUUCUGACCUCAACGAGGAGCUGGGACAGGUGGAAUACGUGUUUACGGAUAAAACCGGCACCCUGACGGAGAAUGAGAUGCUGUUCCGUGAAUGUUCAAUCAAUGGUAUCAAAUACCAGGAAAUCAAUGGAAAGCUUAUACACGAGGGGAUGAUGGAUGACUCGCCUGACGGACCUGUGCCUCCUCUYAGUCGGGAGGAGUUGCUGUUCCUGAAGGCAGUAUCGCUGUGUCACACAGUGCAGAUCAGCUACGAGCAGCCAGGCGACGGCCCGGGGAACCCCUUCUCCCACGCUAAUGGCUUCUCCUCCCAGAUGGAAUACUAUGCCUCCUCGCCGGAUGAGAAAGCACUGGUGGAAGCCACUAAAAGGAUGGGGGUAACCUUUAUUGGUAGCCAUGGAGAAGUUAUGGAAAUAAAAACAUUUGGAAAGUCAGAAAAGUAUAAACUACUCCAUGUACUAGAGUUUGAUGCAACCCGAAGGAGAAUGAGUGUCAUAUUACAGACACCCUCAGGGGGGAAAGUACUAUUUACAAAGGGAGCUGAGUCCGCCAUUCUUCCCUUUACUAAAAGUGGAGAAAUUGACAAAACAAGAGUACAUGUAGAUGAAUUUGCCUUGAAGGGCUUGCGGACGUUGGUGGUGGCCUGCAGACACUUCAAUGUGGAGGAGUAUGAGGAGGUGGACCGGCGGCUCCACGAGGCCCGCGCGGCCCUGCAGCAGAGAGAGGAGAGGCUGGCCGAGGUCUUCAGCUUCAUAGAAAAGGACCUGGAGCUGUUGGGAGCGACCGGGGUGGAGGACAAGCUGCAGGAGAAGGUCCAGGAGACCAUUGAGGCGCUGCGCCUGGCUGGGAUCAAGGUGUGGGUGCUGACCGGGGACAAGCACGAGACGGCGGUCAGUGUCAGCCUGUCCUGCGGCCACUUCCACCGCACCAUGAACAUCCUGGAGCUGGUGCAGCAGAAGUCUGACAACGAGUGUGCCGAGCAGCUCCGACAACUSGCCAGGAGGAUAAGAGAGGACCAUGUGGUCCAGCAUGGCCUGGUGGUGGACGGGGCCAGCCUGUCUCUGGCACUGCGGGGGCACGAGAAGCUCUUCAUGGAGGUGUGCAAGAACUGCUCUGCCGUGCUGUGCUGCCGCAUGGCGCCUCUGCAGAAGGCCAAGGUGGUGAGAUUGCUGAAAACGUCUCCAGAGAAACCCAUCACUUUAGCCAUUGGGGAUGGAGCCAAUGAUGUCAGCAUGAUUCAAGAGGCCCAUGUUGGCAUAGGUAUCAUGGGCAAGGAGGGAAGACAAGCAGUACGAAACAGUGACUAUGCAAUAGCAAGGUUUAGAUUCCUUUCCAAGUUACUGCUCGUCCAUGGCCACUUCUACUACAUUAGAAUUGCAACCCUUGUACAGUACUUUUUUUACAAGAAUGUGUGCUUUAUUACGCCCCAGUUUUUAUACCAGUUCUUCUGUCUGUUUUCACAACAAACUCUGUAUGACAGCGUUUACCUGACACUCUACAACAUCUGUUUCACCUCCCUGCCCAUACUGGUGUACAGCCUGUUUGAGCAACAGGUCCAUCCACACAUGCUGCAGAGUAAGCCAGUGCUCUACAGAGACAUCAGCAAGAAUUCCCUCCUCUCCUUCAAGACCUUUUUGUACUGGACACUGCUGGGCUUCUGCCAUGCCUUUGUCUUCUUCUUUGGUUCCUACAUCCUGAUGGGGGAGGACACGUCUCUCAUGGGGAAUGGGCAGAUGUUUGGAAACUGGACCUUUGGCACUUUGGUAUUCACAGUAAUGGUUAUCACUGUUACAUUGAAGCUGGCCUUGGAGACCCACUUCUGGACGUGGAUGAAUCACUUUGUUACCUGGGGCUCCAUCGCUUUCUACUUCAUCUUCUCRCUGUUUUAUGGGGGAAUCAUCUGGCCUUUCCUCCACACCCAGGACAUGUACUUUGUCUUUGUCCAGCUGCUCUCCAGCGGCUCUGCCUGGUUCGCCAUCAUCAUCAUCCUCAUCGCCUGCCUUUUCCCCGACAUCAUCAAGAAGGUGAUCUAUAGGCACCUCCAGCCCACCAGCACCCAGAAGUCUCAGCUUAUUGAGACUAACUACCAGGGCAUCGGCUGCGUGGACUCCAUGUGUUGCUACUCAGAGGGGGAGAACGGGUGCGCCCGGCUGGGCCGGAUGGUGGCGCAAGUGAUGGGCUGCUGCAACCCUGCCUACGCCAACAGAUCAUGGAGCGACUCGGACCCCUUCUAUUCCAACGAUCGGAGCAUCUUGACGCUCGCACCCAUGGAGGCCGCUCAUUGCUAAGGUAGCAGAGAGCAGUAGUGCCACCCUGUCACACGGAGAGGAACUACUCACCACAGCCCAGGGCUGACCAGCAAUGACAUGAGGCUUUGCACCACCACUUUGAGAGAGAUGCUACAUGGGCCUCUGUUCUCUUCCUGUAAAUAAUAAAAGGGAAUAAGAUGCUACCAAAGAUAAAAUAAUUGUCAGACUUGAGUGAAAAAAAAGAACAUGGUCUACUUUACGCCUGUAGGUUAGUGUUGCUGCUGCUUCACCUGACUGUGGAAGGUCUGCCAUCUUUCCUGAGGAAAUUAGGUGGGCCUCGUGAUAGCCAUAUCCUCCAUUUUUACAACCUGAUUUUUCAAGGUUUGAACAUGUGAAAYCAGUUGGAUCAGGUCUCGAGUCUGCUUUUUUUGGAAACUGUCCCUAAAAUAUGCCUUUUCUGCACAGAUUGUUAGUAGUACGUUUGUUCAGAAAUGUCAAGAGAAUGUCCAUAUAAUAGCUCCCAAUGAGAUAUUAAAUAGCUGUCAAUGUAUAAUAUGGCUUGCACAUAUUAGUUUGUUUAAAAUCCCAAAUAUUGUUUUUAUUUUCCAUUCAUUGCUAAUUACCAUUGAAAUCAUGUUUGUGUGUGUCUUUCCCCCUAUGCUAUUAACCACUUAAUGUUUGUUUGCGUAUUUAUUUCCAUCACCUGACUCAACUAUCUUUUGGGGCCUUUGGCCCACAAUAACGGAAAUGCCAGAGUCGAGUCUAGAGGGUCAUUGAGACAACCGUUUUAAACUUGCUAUCAAUGACCAUGACUUAUGCACACAGAUUUAUUCGAUUAUGGCCAAGUUCAUAUAAAAUCGUGGGAAUUAUUUGGUUGCCUCAUCAGCUUGAAGUGGGAGACACUGAAAUGCCCAUCAAGUAGUCAGUGGAGCUUUUUUUCUUUGCACAGCACGAUUUAUCAAGGUCAGCAUUGGUCACUGGCGAAGUAUACUUAUUGUACUAGUAUGCUACGGUUGUCAUUUGUCAGUUUUAUAUAUGCAGCUUUAAGUUCAGAUUGUCAAAUUUGGCCUCGAGCCAGUAUUCACCAAGAGGUGUUUGAAUAUMGAAGUCUCCAUUUUCAUUGGCAAUAAGGAUGCAUCUGCACUGGACAAUGAAGUCAGGAACAUGAACAGCAUCUCUUGAUCAUGUUCAUUUAAAAAAGUUAUGUUACUCACCUGUCAGUGAAACGGUUUCAUUGCUGAUGUUUAAAGCAAAUUCUGUUUACGGAAUAAAUGUUUUUAAAAAGCA